UUCAGUAAUGUUGUAUUUCCGUUUACAGAUCGCCGAGCAUCCCUCUAAAUGAAGCGGUACGUGCUGUUUGCGUUGGUGGCGGUGCUCAGCACUUUCAUUCCGCGCAACGAAUGCAAAGCAAUAGACUUCUCUAAGGAUGAGCGCGCUAGCUCUAAACUAACGGAACAGCAGCGACCCCUUCUACCAAUCCUCAUGCGACUGGGAGAAGAGUACUUCAUCAGGCUGGAUGACCCAAAGCAGGGUCUGCGCGCUUCUGAACAAAGCGCUCCGCCACGAGCAACCACCGUAAACCGUGCACUCCAGAUGCAGCUCACACAGAGGUUGUUGCAGGAAGAGGUCGAUGAGCUUGGUAACGUUUUAACGGACAGCUUCAUCCAGCUGGCGGACUCGGCUGAAAGGAAGCGUCGGGGCAAUGAACCGCCAAUCUCCCUGGAUCUGACAUUUCACCUGCUGCGCGAGGUGUUGGAGAUGGCACGGGUUGAACAAUUAGCUCAACAGGCAAGUAACAACCGAAAAAUGAUGGACUUUUUUGGGAAGUAAAAGCAACACGUUAUUCCCUUAAAUUUCUGAAGUAUAAUGUCCCUAGAACUAUAACCUAUAACAUAUGUUCAUACUGUU